CCCAUGAUGACACUAUUUUGAUUUGGGAUUCCUUAAAUGUGCCUACCAGUGCCCAGAAUGAGAUGCACUCUCCCUACAAAACAUACACUUUCACCUCCAGAUAACAGUCUGCACUUUUACCCACUUCAGGGAUUCCUAGUCUGGAACUACUGGCUACAUGGCUACCAAAUGCCUAAGGGAGUUCAUUCACAGUUGAGUUAAGAAGCUGUAAUUGGUUCUAGAUCCUGGGUAGAUGCAAAGCAGCCUAAUUCUUCAAGUAAGAUACCUAUUUUUGAAUCAUGGAGAGAUUGAAAGGCUUUGAGCACCGUGGGAUAAUUAACACAUGAAACAAUGAUUUUCAUGUAAUUAUUUAUAAGAUAUCUGUAGUCACAUUUUGAUUAUUAGCAACAUAAUCCAUAGCCUUCUUACAUAUGAGUUUAGGAGAUGAAGGGCUUCCCCUGUUUCUCUUAGAGUAGACUACAUGUUUCUCUUGGUUGAACUGGGGGAGUAGUAUUUCCAGGUGAAGGAUUGGGUAUAUGUGAUAGGACAAGUUUUGAUUCUCAUGGCUUCUUGCUCCAUCCUCAGCUUGGAUGCUUAGUGCUUGGACUGUCUGAGAGUGAAAACCCAGAGGAAGAAAAUUGGUGGCAGAACUACUGACAAUGAGACCAGUGGAAUCAGUGACCUUCAAUGAUGUAGCUAUCAACUUUACCAAGGAAGAGUGGUCCAUGCUGGACAUGAACCAGAGAAAGAUGUUCAGAGAUGUUAUGCUGGAAAAUAUCAAUCAUCUGGUGUUCAUAGGGUAUCAGGUCUGCAUAUCAGAAGUGCUUUCACACUCAGAACAAGGAGAACUGUGGAGAAGAUUAAGAUUUCUCCAAGUACAGAGUCCAGGCAGGGAAACCGACCAUAAAAAAGAAGAAAUGAUAACCAUGCAACAUAUCCCUAAGAAGGACACAUCUACCAACCAGACAAAGCAGAUUUCUCACACUGAAGAGGAUCCCCUUGAAAGUAAUGAUAUGGGAGAAUGUGUCACUCACUCCACAAUGACUGACAUGGGAAAGAAACCCAAUAUAAGCAAACAGUUUCAAAGAGUUCUCAAUUAUUAUUCAUUCAUUGGUCAAAAUAAGAAAAUGCAAACUGAAUGUAAGUCAUAUAAGUGUCAUCUAUGUGGAAAAGUCUUCAGAAGUAGUUCUGGCCUUAGACAACUUGAGAAAAUACACACUGGAGAAAAGCCAUGUGGCUACCAUCUAUGUGGGAAAGACUUCACUGGUAGUUCUACCCUCAGACAACAUGAAAGAAUUCACACUGUGGAGGAUCCAUAUAUCUGCCAUCUAUGUGGGAAUUCCUUAAGUCAAAGUUUUAACCUUAGGCUGCAUGAAAGAAUUCGCAAUGUGGAGAAACUAUAUGCUUGCCAUAUAUGUGGGAAAGAUUUCACGAAUAGUACCACCCUCAGACAAUGUGAGAGAACUCAUACUGAAGUAAAAGCAUAUGUCUGCCAUGUAUGUGGGAAAGACUUCACUAAUAGUUCUACACUCAGACAGCAUAAGAGAAUUCACACUGGGGAGAAACCAUAUGUCUGCAGUAUGUGUGGGAAAUCCUUCAGUCAUUGUGGUACCCUUAGGCGACAUGAAAGAAUUCACACUGGGGAGAAACCAUAUGUUUGCAGUAUGUGCUAUAAGUCCUCUGACCCUUACAUCAAGAGUGGCCAUCUUGCCAGUUUCUCAAUCUGA